AUGGCUUGCUGCUCAAUUAUUUUUCUAUCAGUAAUUGCACUAUGCUCUGCUGCAGAACCAGCAGUGCGAGUCUCUGUUGCACAAUCCGCAUUACAGAAUCUGAAAAAUGAGUUUAUUUCCUACGUUGUCAGUAAAGCUCAGACUGAAAAAAUUCCUGAUGUAAACAUUACAAGCACCUUGUCAACAUAUAUCUUCACUAAUAUUACACUUUCUCAGCUUGAGUUAUCCAGUAAUAACACAAAUAUCAUAUUUAAUCCAUCAAAAUCCACAAUCAGUCUAAGUGUAACAAACUUUACAUUUGCCUUAUCCAUGAAUGUUCAGUUCAGAUUUCCAUUUGCAGUAACCGGAACGAUGGAUAUCACCUUUACUAACGGCUCAUUUGUUCUCCCGAUUUCAAUUGGUGACUCAAAUGGUAAAAUUAACUUCCAAGUUGGAGAAAUCGAUGAGGAUGAGCUGGCAUCUUUGAAAGUAUCAAUUAGCACAAAUAACAGAAUAUUCAGAUUAAUACAGUUCUUUAACUCCCUUCUUUAAGAGCAAAAUAGGAUAACUUUAUUUUUGGGGAUAGUGAGUGAGCAAAAAUGUUUUAAUAUAGCAAUUUUUUCACAAAUGAUACUUUUAUUGUAGUUAAUGACUAUAAUUAUGAAAAUCAGCGAUUCUUUUGCAUUACUACAUCUUUAAACAAAUUUUAUUUCCUGUCAAAUAUUUACAGAUAGAAUUUUUUAAAAUAUCAAAUUAUAUAAAUCCUCAAGCAAAAAAAUUUUGCUCACUAAGAAAGGGAGUGAGGGAUUUUGGCCAUUUAACAAGCUUGCAGGGCAUUCUAUUAAAAAAUAUGCUUCCACUCUAGGAGAAUCGUUGAAUCCUGGAAUUGAGAAGAUUUUAAGCAAACUGAGCUACACUUAUGCUGUUACCAAUUAUACCACUGUUGACUAUCACUUUCUAGAUUUCGCAAUAGCUGACGAGCAACAUAUUAAAGGCGAUAUCAAUGGAACUUUUUACCUCACAAGCCAGCCCAAAGUUGCCCCACAAGUUACUCAAGCUGCCCAGCCUCCAGCUUGGGCUUCAGAUGAAGGGGUAAGAAUCCAAUUCACUGAAUACUUCCUGAAUACCUAUUUUUGGAGCAUACAGACUGCUGGGCUUCUUAAUUAUUAUCUUAUAGGCUCUCAAGCUCAAAACUUUCCAUUGAAAAUGACAACGACUGGCCUAGUACCUGUGGUUCCAAAUUUAAGCAAAGCUUAUGGCUCAAGCAAGCAAGUUGAUGUCAGCUGUAACAUUUAUCAGGCUCCUGUUGCAGUGAUUGGCCAAAAUGUAAAUAUCACAGCCAACCUAUAUUGCGAUUUUAUUGUCCAUGUGAACUCUACAACUACUGCCAAAGCGUUCAGAACUCAAAUGACGUUGUCUAAUUUAUUGAGUGCCUAUUUGGAAAAUACUGAUUCUGGCGUCUUUUUAUAUGGAGAAUUCGAUGAGCUUGCAAUUCAGUUCUCAAAUUUCCAGAUUUUGAACAGCAAUGUCGGAACUAUUAGUUCUACCAAAGUAGCUGCUGCUUUUAGCUAUAGCGCUUAUUCCAUUGUUAUGAAAAUCAACUCUUAUUUAAUGGAGCAAGGAGUUAAACUCCCAUUGCCUGAUGGAGUUAUGCUUACAGAUGAAGUCUUCAUCACUAGUCCUGGCGCCGUGGAGCUUGGGGCUACUCCAGACUUCUCCAAUCUGAUGAAAGCAAUUUCAGAAAAUAAGUAA